AUGCGUUAUCUGUUCGCCGCCCUUGUCGUUGCCCUUGGCAUCGCGCUGUUUGCGCUGACCUUCUCGAUCGUCAACCAGCGCGAACCCGAUGCCGCCUAUGGCGUGCCGUUCGCGCUCGUGGACCAGGACGGCGCGCCGAUCACCGAGGCCGCCUUCAGGGGUCAGCCGACCGCGCUCUUUUUCGGCUUCACCCACUGUCCGGAAAUCUGCCCGACCACGCUUUACGAACUGGACGGCUGGUUCGCGCAGCUGGGCGAGGAGGGCGCCGACAUCGACGCCUAUUUCGUCACCAUCGACCCCGAGCGCGACACGCCCGAACUGCUGGGCGACUAUGUGGCCUCGGUCACCGACCGGGUGCGCGGCAUCAGCGGCGAUCCCGAUGCGGUGCGCGAGAUGGCGCGCGGCUUCGGCGUCUAUUUCAAGCGCGUCGAACUGGACGAUGGCGACUAUACGAUGGACCACACCGCCUCGAUCUUCCUGCUCGAUUCGGCUGGCGCCUUCCGCAAGACGAUCGCCUAUGGCGAAAACCCCGAUACGGCAGUCGAAAAGCUGCGCGACCUUGCCGGAACCUGA